AUGGGGAGGCCUCUCGUUCUCAUUAAAAACAAGCCUUUUGCUUUUAAUUGCACACUUCCUCCAGUAACAUUCGGGGAAGUAAAUAUAACAUGGUACAAAGACUUUAGCAAAAUCCCAAUAUCCAAAAACAUACAGCUCAGAGUUCACCAGGACCAGACCUGGAUUUUGUUCCUUCCCUUGACAGAGAAUGAUUCAGGACUCUACAAAUGUGUUAUAAAGGACAGAGACAGCUGUUACAGAAUACAAGUCAACCUGACUGUUUUUGAGAAGUAUUGGUGUGACCCUACCAGAAGGAAUCCGCCACAUUUAUCAGACGAGUACAAACAAAUCCUACAUGUUGGAAAUGACAGUCUGACGUGUCACCUGCACUUCCCAAAGAGCUAUAUUGUGGAUUCGGUAAAGUGGUACAAGGACUGUAAAGAGAUUAAAGAGAAGAGAUUUACCCCUUUGAGAGUAAUGCUUUUGGUGAACAACGUGACAGCAAAGGACAGAGGGAACUAUGCAUGUCAAGCUACACUGACACACCUGGGGAAGCGGUACAUGGUUUUAAACAGCAUCACUGUGAAUGUCACAAAAAGAAUUGAUAAUGGAGGAAGAAUUCCUAAAAUCAUUUAUCCAAAAAACAAUUCCAUCGAAGUACAACCUGGCUCCACCCUUAUUGUGGACUGCAAUAUAACGGACACAUGGGACAAUACGAAUCUCCGAUGCUGGAAAGUCAACAACACCCUGGUGGACCGUUACUACAGGGAAUCCAAACGAAUCAGAGAAGGAUUCGAAACUUGUGUUUCUUUUCCAGAACAUAAUUUGUACACAGUAAACAUAACCUUCUUAGAAGUGAGGAUGGAAGAUUAUGGUCUUCCUUUCACAUGUCAUGCUGGUGUUUCUGCAGCGUACAUCAUCUUAAAACUCCCAGUCCCAGAUUUCCGCGCUUACUUGAUAGGAGGGUUCAUCGCCUUGACAGUCACGACCUUGUCUGUCGUGUGUGUCUACAACCUUUUUAAGAUCGACAUUGUACUGUGGUAUCGGAGUGCCUUCCCUUCUACUAGGAACACAGAAGAUGGGAAGCUGUAUGACGCUUAUGUCUUGUACCCCAAACCUCAAAGAGAAAGCCAGAGCCAUGACGUGGAGAAGCUGGUGUUGGAGAUCCUGCCCGAGGUGCUGGAGCGGCAAUGUGGCUAUAAGUUAUUUAUAUUUGGCAGGGAUGAAUUCCCAGGACAAGCUGUGGCUACUGUCAUCGAUGACAACAUUAAGCUGUGUAGGAGGCUGAUCGUCAUUAUAGUCCCUGAAUCACUGAGCUUUAGCUUAUUAAAGAACAUGUCUGAAGAACAAAUUGCCGUCUACAAUGCUCUCAUCCAGGACGGGAUGAAGGUUAUUCUAAUCGAACUGGAGAGAAUUGAAGACUAUACAGCCAUGCCAGAGUCAAUUCAGUACAUCAAACAGAAGCACGGGUCCAUCCAGUGGAGCGGGGACUUCACAGAGCAGUCUCAGUGUGCAAAGACCAAGUUCUGGAAAAGAGUGAGGUAUCACAUGCCACCCCAAGGCUGUUCAGCAUCUUCAGACCAGCUGCUGAAGCACAAGUCUUGAGACUGCACGGCAGGCAGGUGGGAAGCCAAGGAGUGCCCGUCACCGACAGAUGGAGACUUUGUCGUCAUGUGGUGGCUCAGAGCUCAAUGCAGGUACAAGGCACAUGGACCGUCUGCCUCAGAAGCUUGUGGUCACAUACCUGCAAGAGGGCUGUGUUGGCUGCUGUUCGUUCAUCUUGAUCAGAGCUACUUCUUGAGGGAAAGACUUCAUCUCUCCAGAAGGCCCUUGUUAGCUCAUUGGCUCCUUAACACUCAAAAACUCUUGAAGAGCAUGGGGUAGCAACAGCAUUAGGAAUGGGACACAGGGCUGUAGAGAUGGUUGAGUUGUCAGAAAGUUUAGCCCAUGAGGCGGCACCCAAGGGACCUGAGAAGGGAGGCUGGAUGUUCAGAAGAUGAGAGGGGGCAGGUUUGCUUGAGAAGGGCUGGUGAGAUAACCACACUUUGUCCAUGUCUGUUCAGUGUCUGCAAGGCCCCGGCCCAGUGUCAACAUUUCAGUGUCUGUGUCUC